AUGGUCUCGAACUACACCGAUUCGCCCACGAUCGCGGAGGUGAGGACAAUGUCACACAGCUUCGGCCCAUCGGGGCUGACAGAACCGCCGAAGCAAGGUGUGACGGUAGGUUACACUUGCAGGCUGCAGGCUCCUGAAAGGCACAAGUCCUUCGUCCGACCGGACCUUCUCGACUUGACGCUGCUGAACAUUAUGCAUCACUUCAAGCUGAGGGAAGGGUAA